ACAUAAAUUGAUGACGUAGGACACAAUAUUUACAGGUGCGCUACAUGCAUUUGGCGGCAUCGAAAAGAAAGAAACCAACAAGUUCAACAUUUAUACAUUUUGUUGACAUAGUGUUGGGGACAACGUAUUUUGCAGUCAACAAUGCCGCCCAAAAUGAAGUUCCAAGAUGGAGAAAAGGUGCUGUGCUUCCAUGGACCCCUCCUGUAUGAAGCUAAGUGUGUCAAGUAUGAAGUAAAAGAGAAGAUCACCCGCUAUUUCAUCCAUUACAACGGAUGGAACAAAAACUGGGACGAAUGGGUGCCUGAAAGUCGAGUUCUCAAAUUCAAUGAAGCUAGUUUGCAGAAACAGAAAGAAUUAUUAAAAGCUCAUGGAGCUGCCAACAAGAAGCUGCGAGCGGCAAAGCGGAUGGAAAAAGAAACGGCCAAGAAACAAGAGAAAGACAAGGACAAGGAUAAAGACAAGGACAAGGAGAGAGCCUCAACACCCUCCAAUGAAAAACAGAAACAGAAGGUCAAUAACACCACAGCCAAGGAAGGGAAAGAACAAACAUCAGGUACGUCCACACCUGUACCGCCCCCUCCUCCUCCCGCAGUGGACCCCCCUAAAGCAGAGAUACCAACCCCUGCCCCGGAACCAAAGAGAAAGAGAGCCAGAACAGAUGCCACUGUAGAAUCGGAUGAGUCCUUCACGUCAAAGAUUGAGGUGAAGAUCCGCGUCCCAGAGGAGCUGAAGCAAUGGCUGGUUGAUGACUGGGACCUGAUAACUAGACAGAAAAUGCUGGUCACCCUCCCAGCCAGGCAGACAGUUGAAAAUAUCUUGGAUGAGUACGUGAAGACAAAAACAUCCAAGGCCAAUAACCCCAACAAAGACGCUGUGAUUGAAAUGUCCCAUGGUAUCCAGGAGUACUUCAAUGUCAUGCUGGGCACACAGCUGCUCUACAAGUUCGAGAGACCACAAUAUGGAGAGAUUUUAUCAGAAAAGGGUGACUCCACUAUGUGCAGCAUCUAUGGAGCUGUGCAUCUUCUACGCUUGUUCGUGAAGCUGGGAGGGAUGCUGGCCUACACGGCGCUGGAUGAGAAGAGUGUGCAGCUUCUCCUCACCCACAUCCAUGACUUCCUCAAAUACCUACACAAAAACUCGUCGACAUUAUUCAGUCUGAAUGAUUUUUUUGUGGCCCCUCCUGAGUACCACAGGAAAGCAAUAUGACAGACUUACCUCCCCUGUGAAGACGACAAUUCCCCCAUUACUGUCAAUGUUGACGAAGGUCGCAAAGUGAGAUUAAGGUGACAUGAGUGAAACAUCAGCAGCAGAAUUUCAUACAUCAAUUGUGCAUCAUGUCUCGCUGAUGUUUGUGUCUGCCAGUAACAGAGCUGCAUGAAGACAAAAGAUGUUACAUCUUCACCAAAGACGUUUAUGUAUACUGAACAAAUAUAGUAAGGGAUCAUACAUAUUUCGGGGGACUCAGUUUCAUAAAAUAUGUUCCCAUAUUCAUUAUCCCUAACUUUUUUUUGCUCAGUUUAUGAUUAAUGAAAAAAUCUGUUGUUAAAACUAAACAAAGAUUUGCACACAAUUCGAGAUAUUGACGAUAUCAUUUCACCAAGAAGUACAUUCAUAUUCAUUCAUGGUGUAAUAACCGAAUAUUUCCCUGAAGGUUAAUACACAUCAUAUUCAUGAUCCUGAUCAAGCUGUAAACUGUCCCGUGAGUGUAUUCUGGCAUGAAUAUUCUGGUUGGUGUGUACAAGAAAUGACUUGGAAUCUUGUUUUCAAUGGACAUUAAUCAUCAUCAUCCAAACAAGUCCUGUUCCAAGUAGUUUUGCAAGCUAUUCAUAUUGUAUAUAUUCUUAUGCUGAUGUGGAAGAUGGAGUGCAUGCUGUAGGAAGAUGGCAAACUGUGAAUAAAGCGGUGUGUCAUCUCACAUUUA